ACUCUCACAAAACAAACCAACUCAACACAAACCCCAAAGAAAACUGAUUUAAAAUGACGCGCCUGUACAACAACUUCAAGAAAACGCUUCCCAAGCUUGAUGGCAAAGUUUUUGUCAUCACCGGAACCACCUCAGGAACAGGCUUUGUUGCCGCCCGCACUGUUGCCGAGCUUGGAGCAGAAGUGCUGCUUCUCAACCGUGAAUCCAGUCGUUCCAAGGACUCUUUGGAAAAACUCCAGAGCACUGUGACAGAUGGAAAAUUUGUUCCCAUUAAGUGUGACUUGCAGGACUUUGCCUCUGUUACUACAGCUGCCAAGGAAAUCAAGUCCAAGUACAGCCAAAUUUAUUGUCUCGCCAACAAUGCAGGAAUCAUGGCCACACCUGAUGAAGCAACCAAGGAUGGAUAUGACACUCAAAUGCAAACCAAUCACCUCAGUCACUUUUUGCUUACAGCUGAGCUAUUUCCUCUGCUUGAGGCAGAGGCUAAUGCCACUGGUGAUGCUCGCAUUGUUAAUCACUCCUCUCUUGGACGUGAGCACACACCCAACAAUGGUGGUCUGGAAGAGAAGUACUUCCUCAAGAAUGGAGGCAACUUGGGUGGAAAUGAGCAAAUCAUGAUGGGUAGUGGUCCCUACCAUCGAUACUUCCAAACCAAGUUGGCAAACUCUGUCUUCACUCAUGCAUUGCAUGAAAAGUUAAAUGCAAAGGGCUCCAAGAUCCGUGCAGUGUGUGCACACCCAGGGGGGUCCAACACUCACCUGGGUGAUCACCUCAACUAUGGAUUUUUCACAAAUGCUAUCUUGAGAUUUGCGAUGCAGUUUAUGGUCCAGUCAGCCGAAGAUGGGGCAAUGGGUUUGCUCACUGGUAUGGCCAGUCCUUCUGCGGAAUCUGGUGUUUUGUAUGGCCCUUUGAAUGGGAAACAAAAGAGUGCAAUGACUGGAAAAGCUGUUCCAAACCCUCCUCAGCCCUAUGAGACAGACAAGGACGCCAUGGAUAUGCUGUGGCGUACAAGUGAGGAAGCUACUGGUGUGAAGUUCACAAUUUGAACUUGGCUCUCUUGUGGAACUCGGCUCUCUUGUGGAGAAAGAACACAUUGGCAUCCUGGUAAAGUUGUACAUUGUUUGUCAUAGCUUUUUUUGAUUAAAUGAAAUAACUAUAGUUUUCAGUUGG